UUCCUUCAACCUUACAAGCAAGCUGUGCAGGUUGUGCGACGCGGAAAAUUCGCACAUCUCAAGCGGCUGAAAAUUCGAUUUAAGAGCCAACUUCUUUUAGGCAAAGUGAAAAAGUGCACGCGCUCAGUCCCAAAUCGGUAGUUGUGUGCAUAGUAGUGUAAGUGUGUGUGAUGGUGUUUAUUCGUGUGUGUAAUGCGGCGCGCUAACACAAAAAUGGCAAGUAGACAAUAAUGAAAGCUGAAUAUACACUUCCACCGAAUGUGAAUAAAUAUUGCAAUGCAAAAGAAGUAACCGAUUCUAAGAACCAUAGAUUGUCAUACUGGGAAAUCGAAGCGAGCCGCAUCAAUUUCAUAACAGAUAAAUCGAUCAAAGCGCAAACGUCAGUGUCCCUAUACAAAAGCCCUGGGAAACCGAAAGCCUCGUCAUUGUACCAACACGGUGCGGGGGUGUUGGGUGUUGGUGCUGUAACAGCAGAAAUCAUCUGGUGGGGUGCGCAGAGGGAAACAGCAGCAAGCGUCAGCAUCAGCUGUGACGCGUGCAGCAGCAUCAAAAAGCUUUGCGCUGACAAGCAUAAAAUUAAAAGGCACAGCCAAAGUCAACAACUAAAGAAGACGCAGCAGCAUAAUUAUCAUUGGCGUCAUAAUUAUCAUAAUAAAUUACGUUAUUGUGUACGCAGCCAAAGCCUCGCGCUAUUCUUAGACUGCUUGCGCGAGUGUCCACUUAUUAGGCCUGUCGCCAGUAGCGACGUCAAGGACCACGCCCACGAUCAACAGUCGCCGCCGCCCACAGCAGCAGCAUCAGGAGCAGCACGUUUGCAGCUGCCGGCGCCGCUGCUGCGCAAAUACGCAGCAAACAACGUCAACGGUUGCAAUUUCGUAUAUAAAACCAAAAUUUAUGCUUUAUAUCGUCACGUCGAGAGUAGUGGCACGUCGGGUCAAGUGCAACAGCAACAGCAGCUGAAAGUCGGUGAGAUUCAAUUGCGCUUUAAAAUGUUAUUUGCCGCUGCCGCAGCCAGCGCCAAUAAAGCCGUUCGCGUGGGAACUGCAACAGUGCCGCCGCCACUGCCGCUGCCACCGCCGACGUCGCUUCCAGCUGCGCUGCGACAGGAUCAUCAGUUGACCAUCAACAACUGUUCUCAAACGCAGCCGGGUGAGCGCAUUUCAGGUACAGUCAAGUCAGUCGCAUCAGCAGUUGCUGCGCCAGCUAAAGUCGAGCUAAUGGAGGCCAUGAAAAAAUUGGAUGCCGAUCUGGUAGCGCUGUUUGCUACCGCCGCUGAGCCAAAUAUGGAGCAGCUAAAGAAGCAGCAACAUCUUAACAAAGUGGAGCAACUGUGGCCGGAGCAGGAACUGCCGGAACAGGAGCUUACAGCUGGCACUGGACCACAAGAGCAGGCCACACCGGAGCUGUUCAAGCAAGUGAAUGCCUUGCAGCUGCACUUGGAGGCAUUGACGCUCCAGGCGGAGGGCACCAAACGCAUGGAGCUGCUCCAGAGCGAAGUGCGACCGAUUUUCACCGUCGAGUGUCAGCUGUCCGAUGAACUGAUUAGCUCGGUCCCGCGCGGUCCCAUGUUUCACAUUAUGCAAUUCGAAUCGGAGAAAUUCCAAAGUCUGACCCAAUGCACACGCUUCGGUCAGACACAGCAGCGUCAGGUGCAAUUGCCAUCAGGGGACAAUGAUAAGGAAAUGGGCAGCAUUCAUUUCACAAUUUGGUGGCGCGAACCGGGCACCUGUCUCAACGAGAUGCUGGGCAUGGGACGUCUGCCCCUGGUCGAGCUCUACCAGGCAUCACUGCUGGAGCAGUGCAAAUGUAUUGCCAUACAGCGACGCGAUCUCCAUUUAGCUAGUUUAUAUCUCAAGAUCAGUUUGCGAGCCGAUCAGCAUUUGAUGCUGUUCAAGACAUUGGCCAAUGGGGAGACGCCAGUUGAGAGCAACAACAACAGCAACAAGCAUAACAACAACCACAGCGCAGCAGCCGCAGCCAACAACAAUAAUAUCAGUGAGAACAGUGACUCAAAGGGUGUUUCAGCACCGCCGCCAGCCGCUAACAACAAUAACAAAGCUACCCUGGAAAUAGUCAAUUUCAUGGCCGAGACCACCAAAGUGCGUCUGCUGCGUGGCUACAUUUUUGCCGGCGAGACGCGACAAUUGUCAGCAGACGAUGCCAGCGGCUGCAAGGAGCUGGUGCUGCAGCCCUUCUGGCAGUCAGAGCAGCUCAGCGUCCAAAUGAAUCCACAUGGCGCUUUCCAGCUGCAGGAGCAGUUCGCCAUCAUCAAUGAUGAGAAGUUUCUGCAUAGCGUGGAGCGUCAGCAGCUGCUCCUGGAGCUCAGACCGCUGGGUGGGCAGGUGCAUCUGCCACUGCAUCAAUUCUUUAUUGCCUACAGAGAUGCAACCAUUACCAAUCAUCUAUGCAAGGGCAAGCUGCCUGUCAUUUCCAUUGAUGGCUGGACGCCCAUUGUGCACCCCGAGACCCAGGCCCAGUUGGGUGAGCUGAAAGUGCUGCUGGCCAUCGGCAGCGAGUCGCAGAUAGCACAAUUGAAGCAGCUGCGCGGCUUUGAUAUGGAGAACAAUCAGCAGCCGCUGCGACGCACCACAGAUCUGCUGGACAUGCUGCAGAAUGCGUUGGGCACACCAGGUCCAGCGACUUUGCCAAAGACCGUUGCCAGUGCUCCCACUGCGGGCAAAAAUUUUAGCUUCAGUUUGCAGAUUGUGGGCGCCGAUGGGCUGCCCUUGAAUCCGGGCUACGGGAAAACGGGCAAGAAGCAGGCCAAGCGACAGGCGGCGGCCAAGCGUUUUCCGCCCAACGAACCACCCAGCACAUAUGUGACCUUUCAGGCAUUGAGCUGCAAUUCGCAGACCUACAAGUCGCACGAGGGUUUGGUCUAUGCCACGCCCAUUGUGGAGCAUUCGACGUCUCCGCGAUGGCACAGCAAAUUCCAAGUGGAGGUGGACGUCGAUUAUCUAAGCAAUAAACUCUUCAUUCUGAAGGUUUGGAAGAAAACAGCACUAAGCGCAGGCACAAGCACAGAGCCGACACCCCUUGAGGAUGCCAUUAUCGGAUUUGCUGCCUUGAAUCUUAGUCGGAGCAGCAGCGACGGAUUUCCCAGCGGCUGGCACAACAUUGUCGAUUUCAAUGGACGCGUAACGGGCGGCCUGGAGGUCCAUGUCCAGCCGCUGCAGUCUGGUGCCGUCUCUGCUAAUGUGGACAGUGCCAUAGAUCAGUUUGAGCAAUCGCUGGAGCUACGCCAUUUGCAGCUGGGCCAGGCCAUCAAGCGCAAGUUUACGGAAUUGGAGCAAAUCUCGAGUAGAUUGCGUACUCGUCUGGUGGAUGUGACGGGCGAAUCGCUGCAAUCACCGCAGUACGAUGUGGAUGCGGCCCUGGACAAUUGGCAGCCGGACGAACUACAGCAGUGGCACGAGGAUGAUGAGCUGGUGGCUGAUUUUGAGCGCGCAUUGCGCACACCCACGCCACCGCCAGUGGCCACAGAGGAUGCGGCUGACUUGGCAUCGAAAAGCACUCCCACACCCACCGCACAAAAUGAAGCCGACGCUGGCAAGGAAUAGCCCAGGCUGAGGCUCAAUUCAGUGGCACAUCAAUUUAGUCAAAACACUUUUUUCACUUUCUCUCUGGAUGUCUACGAAACAGGCUCAAAAGUAGUUAUAUGAUCUUUAGAUAACCAUCUAUAUAUAUAUAUACAAUUAUAUAAAACAUAGUUAUAUAUA